AUGAAGCCAGCAGAGAUCAGAUUCUCUCUACAGAGACCUCUACAGCACAGAGAUCCAGACAUGGCUCCUACAAUCACUGCAGCAUCGACCAAUUCUCAGGAGCAUCUGACUCUGACCCACAAGCUCAGAAAGCCUCUGGUGGAGAAGUUACGGAGAGAGCGAAUCAACAGCAGCAUUGAGCAUCUCAAGUCUCUCCUGGGUCCAGAGUUCCUCAAACAGGAACCAGACUCCAAGCUGGAGAAAGCAGACAUCCUGGAGAUGACAGUUUGUGUCUUGAGACUGCAGCAGCAGAAUCAAGCUGUGGACUCAGCAGCUGUUGGUCAGGGCUACUCCAGAUGUGUCCAAGAGGUGACACACUUCCUGUCCAAGGAGCAGGUGAAGCCACAGUCCCAGAGAAGACUGCUGAACCACUUCAACAAGCUGCAGUCUUCCUCUGAUAAGAACCUGAGAGAGGCUGACUUCUCUCCUCUGAGCUCCACAGUCCAGACCAGCAUCACCAAAGAGAAGAGUCCAGUCAACAGCGCCCUCUGGAGGCCGUGGUAG